CCGGGCCUUCCGAUUGGAAAUGGUGGAAAAAUGAAAGGGAUGAUACAAAAUAGGUAGAAACGAUGGAAGCCGAAGGUUUGGAUUGCCGGAAAACAUGAAGCUUAAGCAGUUGGAAGGUCUCCUCGGUGGUCUUCAACAGUUCCCUCAACCCAAGGUCGAGCUUGAACAGUACCCAACAGGACCCCAUAUAGCUUCUCGAAUGCUUUUCACUGCAGAGAAUUCUUUUGAGGAUGUGAGCGACAAAGUAGUGGCUGACUUUGGAUGCGGUUGUGGUACGUUAGGUGUUGCAGCUGCACUGUUGAGUGCAGAACAUGUUCUUGGCAUUGACAUUGAUCCAGAAUCUCUUGAAAUAGCUUCCAAUAAUGCUGAGGAACUUGAGGUUGACAUCGAUUUUAUUCAGUCUAAUGUCAUGGACUUGGGAUGGAGAGGUCGAAUUGUUGAUACAGUUAUAAUGAAUCCUCCAUUUGGUACUCGGAAAAAAGGUGCAGAUUUGGAUUUUCUCUCCGUUGCUUUGAAGGUUGCUUCUCAAGCUGUUUAUUCCUUGCAUAAGACUUCAACAAGAGAUCAUGUGAAACGAACAGCAUUAAGGGAUUUCAAUGCUAGCAGUGCUGAAGUUAUAUGUGAGCUUCGAUAUGAUGUACCGAAAAUGUACAAAUUUCAUAAGAAGAAGGAAGUAGAUAUUGCUGUGGACCUCUGGCGUUUUGUACCAGCAGCAAGUCAUCAAAGCAGAAAUACUUGAUGCAGACAAGGAUAGUGUAUUUUGGAAUAGAUGAUAAGAUUGCAAGUAAAAAGAAAAUUUUGGGUACCUAAAAGGAUUAGAAACCUUCUCCGUAACUAGCUCUUGUAGUAAAUUGGGUGAUGCCACUUCUGUAGUUGUGUGUAUCUAUAAAUUUGAGCAAGUUAUACUCUUUCUGCUUAUACAUACAGAGUGUCUUCUUCGAGCUGGUUAUAACUGGUUGCUUGAUUAUGAAACUUGGUGAUGUUUUAAUAAUCCAUUGCACAAAGUUGCAUAA